AUGGCAAUAAUGCGCGACGUCCAAGAGAUUCAUGAAGGUACCAGGGAUUGGUACGCAAUCAUCACCGUACAAGAAAAGCUGCAGCCAAGGCAAUCUACUAACGGAAACUUUCGAUACCAGAAAUUCAUGUUCUCAGAUUCAAAGUUGAUGGGCGAAAGGCUAGAGAUGUUUAAGACGUAUCGGAUCACAAAUGCUGAAGUCAGAACAAUCCCAGUCAAAUUCCAGAAACCAGGAAUAACUAAGACGUGGAUUAUCAACGAACGAACUCCGGUUAUGGAAGUUGCUGAACCAACCAACACGGUGAUGGUCGACUACAACUACACAACAUUUGAUGAGUUGGCCAAAUUUAUCGACAAGAAAAAUGCACCUAUUGAUGUGCUUGGAGUCGUCAUUGAGGCAUUCCCACUGCGGAGCAUAUCAAAGGACAACAAGGAACAGACCGUGCAAAAAUACCUUCUGCUGAGUGAAACCAUGAAAGUGAUUAGCUUAUCACUUUGGAACGAAUUUGUUGAUGCGGUAGGAACAAAAAUUGAACACGAAGUCAUCAACCACCCGGUUGUCAUCUGCCAACGUGUCAACGUCUCUUACUUUAACGGAAUCGCCCUCGCCAACAAGUACGAUUCCAUGAUACUUGUGAACCCUCCUAUUGACGAGGCACUGCAACUGAGCACCUGGCACAAAGUUGCUCAACCCCAGUUAUUUGGGUCCAAGUCUUCCUCAGCAUCAAAAACAUUCCCCAAAGGUAUUGGUACAAGGCUUGCUGGAAAUGCUACACUGCAACAGAUAUGCCACUCGGUGAAGAAUACACUUGCAAUGGUUGUGGAAAGCCCCAAGAAGCUCAGGCCAUGUACAUUACAUAGAGCGGAAAUAAAUUUCGAAAUUUAUGGAAUACAACUAAAUUACAAAAUAUUGAACAGAUGUCGCUUCGAUAUUGAUCUAAACGAUCGAAGUGGAACUAUUACCGGAAGCGCAUAUGCAGAGUUAGCUGAGGAGAUUUUGGAACUACCAGUAGAUGUCCUGAGGAAUUACAGCUUUAAGGAGAUAAAUACUCAUCUGUCCAAAGUCCACAAAAAAUUUGAUGAAAAACCAUUUAUAGUUCAACUCAAACCAUCAAGGAAGAAACGAAGUGGACAAAAGCACCCAUCUGAUGAAGAAACCAGCACGACACCCCCACAUGAAAACAAGUCCAUGGAAUCAAGUCAAGACGAGGAGGCGGAGGAGGAGGAACCAUCAAGCGAAAAUCAAAAACCAAUGAGUGACUAUGAGGAUACUGAGACAACCCAGCACCAGGAAGCAGAGGACACUACAGAUGAAGAUGCAAGUGAGGAAAAGCAAACUAAGAAGCCCAAGCAAGCUUAA